AUGUCAAAAUUAUAAUAAUAUCUCUCUGAUCUCAAAACACAUCAAGAAGAAGAAAUAGAUAUAUAGAUAAAUUAACCUAAUAAACAAGAAAAUAGUGAUGAUUCAGAUGAUGAAUAAAAUGAAAUUCUUAAUGAGAUACUUAAAUGUAUGUAAAAAGGAUUGUCAGAAAAAGUCUUUGAUUUUGAUAUUGGCAAUUAAAUUAGAUUAAUUGAUGUAGAUGAUAUGAAUAAAAGUGCUUUAUAUUUGGAUGCCUUGGCUUGGCUUUAUUCUAAUAGAGUAGAUAGAACUUAUGUGGAAAGUUUAAAGUUAAAAGUUAAUUUAUUAAGAGCAUAUGAUACAUCUACUAUUCCUAAUGCUCCACCUUUAAAGAAAAGCAAACAAUAAUAAAUUCAAUAAAUACCAUAAAAAACUAUUCAUCUUAAUCGAAAUGUGGAACUUAAAGAAAUAACUAAAUAUGGUGAAUCAACUCUUGAUUUUAAACCUUAUACACAUCAAUAUGAUACACUUUAAAUUAAUCCAUUCUUUAAUCAAACAAGUAAAUCUUUAGAUAUGCAGGAUUUGAAUACAUUAAUUAUUUAUAAUCCUAAAUUUGAUGAGAAUCUAGCAAUUAUUAUAGAUCCUGAUUAAUUAUUAAAAGUAAAUGAAUAAAAUAAGAAUAUUUUAACAGGGUUUAUUAAAUUGGAAAUAGAUACAUCAGUCUUAGAUUAUUCUAAUUUAAUGUCUAAAUAAUUCAAAAUGAGUUUUAAUGAAAUAAAUGAUUUUAGAGAAAGAUAUAAAUAUUUAAUAAAUAAAAAAGAUACUUAAUCUGUUAAAUUGGAAAAAAAAUAAUAAAUUGCUAUUGAUAAAUUUAUUAAUGAUUUUCGUGUAUAUGAUGAAAAAUUAAAAUAAGCAUAAUAAACAAUAGAUUAAUAAUAAUAAUCUUUAUCUUAAUUAAGUGUUGAAGAAUAAUAAUUUAUAAAUUUGAAUUAAUAAUAUUAAUAAUAAUUAAAAAUUAAUCAAACAGAAAUAGAUAUUGAUUAAUAAGAUGCACUUUUAAGAAAGAAAAUUGCAUAAUUGAAUAUUGAUUCAUAACCUUAAUAAUAAUAAUAAUUUGAAAAUCAAUAGGUUGAUAUUCAACUUAAUUAAAUGGAUGUUGAAGAAUUCAAUAAUUAAUUACCUGAGCUUUUACCUGAUCCUUAUGCUAUUGAUUAAAUAAAUGAAAUUUAAUAAUUAAAUUAGGAAAAGAAAUAAUUACAAUUUGAACAAUUCUAAAUAUAACAAGAAAAGAAAAAGAUUCUAUAAGAACAAAUUUAAAAAUAAUAAAAGGAAACAGUUGAAAAAUAAAUAUCAGAAGAAAUGAAAUAACUUAGUUAUUAAUAGCAAUUUCAAGAUAUAUUUAAUGAUGUGAAUGUUCCAAUAGAUGAAUGGGAUUUAGAAUAGGAAGAAGAAGAAUUUGAUUAAGAUUUAGCACCUUAUGAAUAAUAAUAAUAAUAAUAAUAAUAAUAAAAAAAUAAUAAUUAAUAAUAACCAGUUUAAUAAUAAUAAACAAAUGUUAAGAAGAAAUAAAAGAAAAUAUAUCCAGAUACAUUUAAUUUUGAUGAUGCAUCAGAAUUAAAUAGAUUUCUUAUUUUAAAUACUGUUGGAAAUAAUUAAAGAGAUUUUGGUUAGAGAGAAUUAACAUUAAAAUGUUUAGCUGAUAAUUGUUAAGAUUUUGAUUAUUAUAGAUAUUUUGAAUAUUUUACAAGGGAAUAUACUGGAUUUUUAUAAGAAGAAGAAUAAUAAUAAUAAGCAAUUCCAAUAGUUGGAUCAGAUAAUUUUGGAUUAGAUGAAUUUUAAAUUUAAGUAUAAUUAGAAGAGACAAAUUAUAUGAUAGAAAACUAUUCAAAUGAUUUAGAUCACUAUAUAUUGCCUUUUAGAGUAUAAGCUAAUAAUAAUAAUGAACCAAUUACAAUUAAAUAAUUGUAAAUUAUUUUGGAAAGAGUUAUUGAUGAAAUUAAGGGAUAAGUUGAAUUCAUCAAAAUUGAAAAAACUUUACCUUUAAUAAUGAAUGAAAAAAUUAGUAAGAGUAAAUUAUUUGCUGCUCUUUUAUUUGUAGCUAAAAAUAAAGGAUAUAAAUUAGAAUAAAAGAAUAAUUCAUUUAAAGAUAUCUUAAUAAUAAAAAAGGAGGAAAAUAAUACAAUUGAAUUAGAUUAUGAUGAAUACAAUCGUAAUGAAUCACAAAUGGCUAUUGCAAUGUAAAUUGAAAGAUGA